AUGUCAAAGAAACGAAAGUAUGACGAGUCUUAUGUUAACUUUGGGUUUACUUUCGUGACUGAACGUGAUGGAACUCAAAAACCGCAGUGCUUUUUAUGCGGAAAAGUGCUUGCUAAUGGAAGUAUGAAACCAGCAAAGUUGUCAGAACAUCUUAAAACUGUCCACCCUGGAAAUGUAUGCGACAGCAUUGAUGACUUUCGUACUAAGAAGGCUCGGUUUGAAAAAGCCGGCACUUUACCUAAAUUAGGAUUCACCCCGACACAAAAACCAUGUCUUGAGGCAUCGUACAAGGUUGCUUACCGUAUUGCUCAGCAAAAGAAGCCACAUACUAUCGCGGAAACAUUAGUGAAGCCUUGCGCACUGGAUAUUGUGGAACUUGUGUGUGGUAAGAAUGAAAGAAAGAAGGUUGAAGCUGUUCCCUUAUCAAACGAUGUUAUUCAUUCUAGAAUUGUUGAAAUGUCGUCAAAUGUUUUAAAGCAGGUUAUUGAAGAAUUGAAUGCUUCACCGUUUCCGUUCAGUAUGCAAUUGGAUGAAAGCACCGAUGUAUCACAAUGCAGCCAACUCUUGGUGUUUGUCCGUUAUGUAAAACAUGAUACGCGUAGUAUCAAAGAGGAGUUUCUUUUUUGCGACUCACUUUUAGAAACUACGAAGGCUUCAGAUGUCUUUGAAAUGAUAAAAAAAUUUUUCAUCGCACAAAAUGUAGACUGGAAGACUAAACUUGGUAGUAUAUGUACCGAUGGAGCUCCCGCGAUGCUUGGUAAUACAUCUGGGUUUGCGGCUUUGAUCAAGAAAGAGUGCCCUCAUGUUAUAAUCACUCAUUGUGUCUUGCAUCGACAUGCCUUGGCUUCACGAACUAUGCCUACUUUUUUGAAGGAAGUUAUGUCUACAUGUGUCAAAAUAAUUAACUUCAUCAGAGCAAGAGCCUUAAACCACCGCCUGUUUAAAAAGCUUUGUCAAGAAAUGGGUUCAGAACAUGAAGUACUUCUUUACUACACAGAAGUUCGUUGGCUGUCAAGGGGACAAGUAUUGAAGCGCUUGUUUGAGUUGCGAGAAGAAGUGUUACUUUUUCUGAAAAACAAAGAAAAUUCAUUGUAUGAAUAUCUUGAAAGAGAAGAUUUUGUGGAAGGGCUAGCGUACUUAGCUGAUAUAUUUACUCAUUUGAACGAGAUUAACCUGUCUCUUCAGGGUCUUGCAGUCACCAUUGUGGAUGCGUCUGAACGGCUGAAAGGUUUUUUAGGUAAACUGCCACUUUGGAAAAGGAGAGUGGAAUCAGGUAAUUUUGCAAAUUUUCCGAUGUUGGAAGAGUUGAUAAUGCAAAAAACACAAAGUGACGGCCACACGACAUCAAAGAAGGUACAGAAAGAGGUGUCUAAGCAUCUGGAAACAUUGCAGACGUCUUUUGAAGGUUAUUUCAGCCCAGAGUCGCUUGAAAAAGAAACAUGGGUGCGGAGCCCAUUUUUAAUCGAUAUUGACAGCAUUAGUGAUGAAGAUCUUAUUAAAGAUGAUCUAAUUGACAUGAGAUCAAAAGAAGUUUUGAAAGCUGAAUUUCAGGCAAAAGAUCUUGGCGACUUUUGGGGUUCCUUAAGUCAAGCUUACCCUCUUCUAGUCAAGCGAGCUAUGUCCAUUUUGAUACCGUUUGCUACUACGUAUCUUUGCGAGGCAGGGUUCUCGAUUCUGAUGUCAAUAAAGACAAAAAGUCGCAAUCGGUUGAACGUCGCAGAUGACAUGCGACUUGCCUUGUCGAAGACAGUCCCACAAAUUAACGUUCUCAUUGAGGCCAAACAACAGCACCCUUCUCAUUAA